AUGGCCGAACAAGCUUCUAUCUCGGCAUUGUCCAAUACGCCAAUUGAAAAGCGAGUAUGGCAUCGCGGAACACUCUUCAAUGCCUGUAUUAUCGGGGGUGUUGGAUUCACAGCCCCAGGCUUAUGGAAUGCCAUGAAUGCUUUGGGUGCUGGUGGCGCGCAGGAGCCUUUCUUGAUUAAUGCAGCCAACGCACUUGUUUUUGGUCUAAUGGGGAUUUUGUGUCUGUUCGGUGGCCCCAUCGCUAACCGGAUUGGCUUAAGAUGGACCCUGAUGCUAGGCGCUGUGGGGUAUCCGUUGUAUUCUGCUGCCUUGUACACAAAUAAUCGUUUUGGAAAUGUGUGGUUUGUGUUGGUUGGAUCAGUAUUUUGUGGUUUAUCCGCUGGUCUGUUCUGGGCCUCUGAGGGUGCUGUGGCACUGGGAUAUCCUGAGCCCGCAAAGCGAGGUCGAUAUAUGAACAUCUGGCUUUGGUUCCGUACAGGUGGCCCGUUGGUGGGAGGUGCUAUUGUCCUUGGCCUCAACAAUGCCGCCGACGCCCAUGCCAAAGGAAAAGUUGGAUCUGACACAUAUCUCAUCUUCAUCGCGCUCCAAUGCACUGCCGUGCCUAUAGCCUUCUUUCUCACGUCACCCGACAAGGUUCAACGCACGGAUGGAAGUAAAGUCAGGAUUAUCCUGCAGGACUCGUGGCGUGAUGAAAUGAAAGAGCUCUGGAAGGUCUGCCGGCGAAGGGAGAUUCUCUUGCUAUUACCUGUCUUCUGGGCUGCAUACUUCAAUAUGUACACUGGAAACUUCAAAACGUACUACUUUGGUGUGCGCGCCCGCGCUCUUAUUGGAUUCGUCACCUACUUCUCCACUCUUCUUGCCUCAACACUAAUUAGUAGGUUCCUGGACUACCGCGGCCUUUCAAUCAGAAACAGAAUCAAGUACAGCUUUUUCUACGUGAUCGUCGUCCACAUCGUUGCCUGGGUCUACUGCUGGGUUAUCCAGGAAAAGUACACUAAGAACCCACCAACGCUUGACUGGGCCGACAAAGGCUUCGUUGAGGGAUUCUUCGUUAUCCUGCUCUGGGAAUUCGCUCAGCAAUCACUGCAAAACUUCCUCUACUACCUUCUCUCCACAAUGACCGACAACAUCUCAGAACUAUCCCGGUUAUCUGGUAUCCUUCGUGGCCAAGAGAGCUUUUCGCAGGCUGUCUCUUACGGUCUCAAUUCGAAGAAAUGGCAUGGUGGGAGAGUGCCACUUAUCGUCAACACGAUCCUUCUAGUCCUUUCAGUGUGGCCUACUUGGCUCGUUGUUAGGGCCCACGUUCCCAUCGAGCAUUCCAAGGAGGCCGCACAGUUGCCCCAAGCCCAAGACGAGGAGCAUAACAAAGUCAGCCUUUCUGACAAGGAAAACUUUAUUGUUGCCGAGGCAGUUGCUUCGAAAUAA